UGAAGAAACUACAAGUGAUGAAAUCGCACCCUUAUCAGAUAAUACUAAUCAAACACUAAGUAAUGUUUCCACCUCCUCUACAAAUAAUCGAGCACCCGUUAGAGAUUACCUUUUAUCAACUCCUGAUGGAGGCCAUAAGCUCUUAGGAGUAACAACAGACAACGCUUCCAAUAUGAUUGCUAUGGGUCAUGUUCUAAAAGAAAGAAUGCAUAAUAAAUUUAGUAAUAUUAAUAUGCAGCAUUUUCGCUGUGGUGCACAUAUUCUAAAUAUCAUUGUUGAAGAAGAAAUUAAGUCAGUCAGUAAAGAAAUUUCUAAAGCGUGGGAGUUUUCUAUUAGGCUUCAAAACUCUUCAUCGCUAAUUAGAGAAUUAAAACAAAUAUUUGAAAUAAAAAAUCAACCAUUUUUAAUGCCUCAAGCUAAUGUAGAUACCAGAUAG